AAUUUUCUGUUUUUCUGGCUGUGCCGCACGGCAUGCGGGAUCUUAGUUCCCCGACCAGGGAUCGAACCUGCGCCCCCUGCGGCGGAAGCGUGGAGUCCUAACUAUUGGACUGCCAGGGAAGUCCCAUUUUAACCAUUUUAAAGCGUAUAGUUUAGUCGUAAAAAGUGUUGUGCAGCCAUCACCACCACCAUCUCCGGAACUUUUCCUUCAUCCCAAACAGAUACCCCAGACCCAUUAAACACUCACUACCCUGCCCCGCGUCUCCCCAGCCCCUGGCGCACACCAUUUGAUUUUCUGUCUCUGAAUUUGCCAGCCAGGCACUGUGCGUAAAUGGAAUCGUAUCGUAUUUGACCUUUUGUGUCCGGCUUAUUUCACAGAGCAUAAUGUUCUCCAAGUUCAUCCAUACUGUGGUGUGUGUCAGAAUUUCUUUCUUUGUAACGGCUGAAUAGUAGCCCAUCGUAUGGACGGACAACACUUUGCGUAUCCAUUUGUCCAUUGACGGACACUUGGGUUGUUUCCACAUUAUUGCUAUCGUGAAUAAUGCUGCUGUGAAUGUCUGCAUACAGGUAUCUGACUGAAUGCCCGUUUUCGCCUUAUUUUGGGUAUAUCCCUAGGAGUGGGAUUUCUGGCUCAUAUGGCAAUUCUGAGUUGAGCUUUCCAAGGAGCCACCCUUUAUCCCUGACUUUUUUUUUUUUUUUUUUUUUUGGCAUGCCGCGAGGCUUGUGGGCUCUUAGUUCCCCGACCAGGGAUCGAACCCGGGCCUCAGCAGUGAAAGCACGGAGUCCUAACCACUGGACCGCCAGGGAAUUCCCCGUCCCUGACUCUUUAUUCCUGUGCCUGAUGUAGACGACGGCACAGCACAGGCCUGGAUAAACACUUGCUGCUGGGAAGGAAGGGUGGAUGAAUGGAAGGAAGGUGGAGGCAGGUCUGACUCGAAUUCUUUGGGUCUCUCCCACCCCAGGGUCCCCCCAGCUGCGCCUGGUGGCCGGGCCCAGCAGGUGCUCAGGCCGGCUGGAGGUGUGGCACGGCGGGCGCUGGGGGACCGUGUGUGACGACACCUGGGACCUGCGGGACUCGGCUGUGGUCUGCCGCGAGCUGGGCUGCGGCGGACCUCGGCAGCCGGACCCUGCUGCCGGCCGCUUCGGCUGGGGCGCCGGCCCCAUCUGGCUGGACGACGUGAGGUGUGUGGGGACCGAGGCUUCCCUGGCUGACUGCCCUGCCGCUCCCUGGGGGAAGCACAACUGUGCUCACAACGAGGACGUUGGAGUUACCUGCACUGGGACCCCCGGCCUGGACUCCAUCUCAGACCCCUUCAGUUGGAGCUGGAUCCCUGGCCUGGGUAGAGACCCGGAUGCCUGGCUCCCGGGGGAGCUGGCCACCAAGCCCUCUGCGAGGCGGACCCCCGGCGUUGCUGAGAAAUCCACCACCAAGGCCCCAGGGAAGACACCCAAAAGCACGAAGAAGUGGGUGACCAAAACCGCCAAGAGACCGACCACUCAGCCCCCCGUGGUACCAACCACUAAGCACUCCAGGGCCACGGGCACCCAGAGUCCCCCAGAACUGACCUCACUGACCACCAGCACUCCGACCGCUGAGGCCUCCCGAAGACCGACCUCCGAGUUUACCAGCAGGCUGACCACAGAGGCCUCUCGCAGGCUAACCUCACACACCACCGAAAGGUGGACUCCCCGGGCCCCCCGGGAACGGACCUCUAAGACCCUGGCCACACCGACCACCCAGGGCCCCCGAGAGCUGACCUCUGAGGCCACCACGGAGCCAUCGGCUGAGAUCCCAGGAGUAGGUACUCCAGAGUCCUCCAAAGAGCCAGCCCCCUCCCCCACUGGGGCAUCAGGCCUGUUCCGGGUUCGUCUGGCCGAUGGGCCCAACCGGUGUGCCGGGCGGCUGGAGGUGUGGCACGCCGGGCGCUGGGGGACAGUGUGUGACGACGGCUGGGACCUGCGGGACGGCAUGGUGGCCUGCUGGGAGCUGGGCUGCGGGAGGGUUCGGCCCCGAGUGGGCAAAACCCACUACGGCCCUGGCACCGGGCCCAUCUGGCUGGAUGACGUGGGCUGCAAGGGAAGUGAGGCCUCGCUGAGCGACUGCCCCGCUCGGGCGUGGGGACAGCACAACUGCGACCACGAGGAGGACGUGGGGCUCACCUGCACCGGCUAUGCAGACGAGGAAGGCUAUCCCCCCUGGACCUGGGACCCCACCUCGGGAGAGGACCUGGCCAAGGGGACCACCGCUGCAGCGGUGCCUGCACACACUCCCUCCUGGGGCACCGCUGGGAGCCCAGGGCCCCCCUCCCCAGCGACGAGGCGCCUUCCAAGCACAGGUGGCGAGGAUGGUUAUGAGCCUUCUUGGACGUGGGACACACCUUCAGGAGAGGUCCCAGCCAAGGGGACCCCCACCGCAGGCAUGCCUGGACCCGCUGGCACCGCUGGCACCAUCAGCAGCCCAAGCCAUCCCUCUCCAGCUCCAAGGGUCCGGGGGGAUACAGGUUCCCUGAAGAAACCGUGGCCCGAGCGACGGCUGCGGCCCACAGCGGCCAGGACUGCGCCCCCCACCACUUCCCCAGCUCCCUCCGCCUCGCCGGGGUCCCCGGGCCCUGUCCUGACCUCUGACUCCGCGCCGCAGCUCAUCCCCACAGCAGCUUCAACGCAGGAGGUGACCUCUGACCCUCCCGCCACUUUGCCGCCCAGCCCAGACCCGGCAUCCUGGAUGAACUCUCACCGCACCUUGACAACCCCUGGCCUUACCUUGUCCACCCCUGAUGCCACCGUGUUUCCAGCGCUGACCCCUGGGCUUUCACCCACUCCACCACCCACCAUGCCCAAAGAACUGACCUCUGACCCCUCUGCACCGGCGGUGGUGACCCGCCUUUCCCCUACCUCAGAGCUGACACCGGAGUCUGACACAACCCCAGGCUGGGACACAUCUCCAUACCCCAACACAACUCCAGAACCUUCUAGUUUCCCAGACCCUUCCACAAGCCCUCACCCCACUACCAUCCCUCACUCCACCAUGACGUCUCACCCUACCACGACCUCUCACCCCACUACCACCCCCCCUCCUCCCAUCACCAGCGCUCAACCCAUCACAACCCCUUACCCUGCCACGACCCCUCACCCCACCACCACUGCUUACCCCACCAUGACUCCUCACCCCACCUCAACCCCUGUGGUCACUGCCAAGUCCCUUCUAACUUCCUUGGGAACAGAACUUCCCUUUCCCUCUUCAGCACCAACAGUCAAGCCCAGCCCACACCCCCGGUUGACCUUCACGGGGGCCCCUCACCCCUCCACAUCCCAGAUGUGGAGCCUAGAGUCCUCUCCAGCAACAGAGUCCAGCCCCUGCAGGCCCUCUCCAGCCCCCAGCAUAGACACCCUGUCCACUGAGAACUUCAAACCACCCACAAGCCAGAGCCCCAAAGAAACCUCUCCACCUACCCAGACUCCACACUCAGCCUCUGACCCCACUGUGACCCCUGACCUCCACCUGUCCCCUAUGGCCCCCCCCUUGGAUCAACCUCCCCCUGACCGCCUCACCCUAGGGCCAACUCCUGGUCAGAGCCCAGGCCCCCUUGGCCCAUGUGAAGCCCCAGUGCCACCUGUAAGGGUCAUGGCUUGUGAUCCGCCUGCCCUGGUUGAGCUGGUGGCCGCUGUGAGGGAUGUGGCUAGCCAGCUACGGAGGGUGACACAGGCCCUGGAGCGGGACCGGCAGGAGCGCCAAGCCCUGGGACUGGGGUUGACCCAGCUGGUGGAGGCUGCCCAGGGUCUGGGGCAGCUGGGUGAGGUUGUAAAGAGACUGGCAGAGGUGGCCUGGCCCCCCAGCACACCUACACCAACCACUACUACCCCAGAGGAGGAAGAGAGGCCUCUGCGGGGAGAUGUGUGACCUUAUCUGGGGUCUGAGGGACUUAAGAUGCUCCCAAACCAAAAGGGGAAAACCAAAGUAUCUAAUUAAAAACAAAAUGUGA